CCGAAGGUUGCAUUUGGAGGAAGUGGCUGCGUGGUCCCGUGACCGGGCUACCGUUACUACUUUUCAGAAGCUUUUCUCGGCCGCUUGCCGGGACCCUCUGCCGCCAAGAUGCCUCGAAUUAUGAUCAAAGGGGGCGUGUGGCGGAAUACUGAGGAUGAGAUUCUGAAAGCAGCGGUAAUGAAAUAUGGGAAAAACCAGUGGUCUAGGAUUGCCUCUCUGCUGCAUAGGAAAUCAGCAAAGCAAUGCAAAGCCAGAUGGUAUGAGUGGCUGGAUCCAAGCAUUAAGAAGACAGAAUGGUCCAGAGAAGAGGAGGAAAAACUCCUGCACUUGGCUAAAUUGAUGCCAACUCAGUGGAGGACCAUUGCGCCAAUCAUUGGAAGAACAGCGGCGCAGUGCUUGGAGCACUAUGAAUUUCUCCUGGACAAAACUGCCCAAAGAGACAAUGAAGAGGAAACCACAGACGAUCCACGAAAACUUAAACCUGGAGAAAUAGAUCCAAAUCCAGAGACAAAACCAGCGCGGCCUGAUCCAAUUGAUAUGGAUGAGGAUGAACUUGAGAUGCUUUCUGAAGCUAGAGCCCGCCUGGCGAACACCCAAGGGAAGAAGGCCAAGAGGAAAGCAAGAGAGAAACAGUUGGAAGAAGCAAGGCGUCUUGCUGCCCUCCAGAAACGAAGAGAACUUCGAGCAGCUGGCAUAGAAAUUCAGAAGAAAAGAAAAAAAAAGAGAGGAGUUGACUAUAAUGCUGAAAUCCCAUUUGAAAAGAAGCCUGCCCUUGGUUUUUAUGACACUUCUGAGGAAAACUACCAGGCCCUGGAUGCAGAUUUCAGGAAAUUACGACAGCAGGACCUUGAUGGAGAGUUGAGAUCUGAAAAAGAAGGAAGAGAUAGAAAAAAAGACAAACAGCAUUUGAAGCGGAAAAAGGAAUCUGAUUUACCAUCAGCUAUUCUCCAAACUAGUGGUGUUUCUGAAUUUACUAAAAAGAGAAGCAAACUAGUACUUCCUGCUCCUCAGAUUUCAGAUGCCGAACUCCAGGAAGUGGUGAAAGUGGGCCAAGCCAGUGAAAUCGCCCGGCAGACUGCUGAGGAGUCUGGCAUCACAAACUCUGCUUCCAGUACUCUCCUGUCUGAGUACAAUGUCACCAACAACAGCAUUGCCCUUAGGACACCCCGGACACCGGCCUCCCAGGACAGAAUCCUGCAGGAAGCUCAGAACCUCAUGGCCUUGACCAAUGUGGAUACCCCAUUAAAAGGAGGACUGAACACCCCGUUGCAUGAGAGCGACUUCUCAGGUGUGACUCCACAGCGGCAAGUUGUUCAGACCCCAAACACGGUUCUCUCUACCCCAUUCAGGACUCCUUCGAAUGGAGCAGAAGGGCUGACUCCUCGGAGUGGAACAACUCCCAAACAAGUGGUUAACUCUACCCCGGGUAGAACUCCGCUUAGAGAUAAAUUGAACAUUAACCCUGAGGAUGGGAUGGCAGACUACAAUGAUCCCUCUUAUGUGAAGCAGAUGGAAAGAGAAUCUCGUGAACAUCUCCGUUUAGGGUUGAUGGGCCUUCCUGCCCCCAAGAACGAUUUUGAAAUUGUUCUGCCAGAAAAUGCUGAGAAGGAGCUGGAAGAGCGUGAAGUGGACGACACGUACAUUGAAGAUGCUGCUGAUGUGGAUGCUCGAAAGCAGGCCAUACGUGAGGCAGAGCGUGUGAAGGAGAUGAAACGAAUGCACAAAGCUGUCCAGAAAGAUCUGCCAAGACCAUCCGAAGUAAAUGAAACUAUUCUAAGACCAUUAAAUGUAGAACCACCUCUAACAGAUUUACAGAAAAGUGAAGAAUUAAUCAAAAAAGAAAUGAUUACAAUGCUUCAUUAUGACCUUCUACAUCACCCUUACGAACCUUCUGGAAAUAAGAAAGGAAAAACUGUGGGAUUUGGUACCAAUAACUCAGAACACAUUACCUAUCUGGAACAUAAUCCUUACGAAAAGUUCACCAAAGAAGAACUGAAAAAGGCCCAGGACAUUCUGGUGCAGGAGAUGGAAGUGGUCAAACAAGGAAUGAGCCAUGGAGAACUCUCCAGUGAAGCCUAUAACCAGGUGUGGGAAGAAUGCUACAGUCAAGUUUUGUAUCUUCCUGGCCAGAGCCGCUACACACGGGCCAACCUAGCUAGCAAAAAGGACAGGAUUGAAUCGCUUGAAAAGAGGCUGGAGAUAAACAGGGGUCACAUGACAACAGAAGCCAAGAGGGCGGCAAAGAUGGAAAAAAAGAUGAAAAUUUUGCUUGGAGGCUACCAGUCCCGCGCCAUGGGCCUCAUGAAGCAGCUGAAUGACCUGUGGGACCAAAUCGAGCAGGCGCACUUGGAGCUGCGAACUUUUGAAGAACUCAAGAAACAUGAAGAUUCUGCCAUUCCCCGGAGGCUGGAGUGUCUAAAAGAAGAUGUGCAGAGACAGCAGGAGAGAGAAAAGGAGCUUCAGCAGAGAUACGCUGAUUUGCUGCUAGAGAAGGAGACUUUAGAGUCGAAAUUCUGAAGUGUAGUCUCCAUUCUGUCACAGGGCAAAUUAACUGCUGGGUUUCCUCCUCCCGCGCCUGAUGCUGAUGGUUAUCUUUGUGACAAGUCGACUCACUGUCUGUGGUUUUUGGUUGUUUAUUUUAAUGAUCUUGAUCAUAGCCAUCCUCUGUUAAUGACAUCUAACUCCAAAGGACAGGUGAGGUUUAAGUUAUUAAGAUAAUCAUUUUUCCACCAGUGUCAUAUUUGCAAGAUUUUUUUUUAGCUUUGGUCUUUAAUUUAAAAGGCCUCCUUCUAAAGUGUACUGCCUGUGAGUAAACCCUUGAAUAAAAACAAAAUAUAACAAUUACGAACAUAGCCUUUUGUUUGCAGAUGCUUAGAGUGCCCGCAGCCCAGGCACGGUGCGCCCCGUUGCGUAAUGAGUCACUCUGGGGUGACUGCGGGGUGACGGUGUCUAGCGGCUCCUGUGGCUUCAGCACAGAGCAGCCAUCUCUUUGCAUCGACAAGGGAGACCUCAGAUUUAUUUCGAGUAUCACUUUAGGAAGGGCCUCUUCGGUGCUGGCUACUUACGUGGCUUAUGGAUUAUAACUUAAGAGAUUUAAUUUUUCUUGACUUGUUAUUUUCUGGUGAGCACUUCCUUGACGAAGGCAAUUGAGAGGUCUUUCAACAAGGCCAUCAAGUUUCUUAGUUUAACAAGUCAAUUACAUAAGUACAGAAUUUGAAAAAUGAAUGGAAGUGGAGAAAUUAGUUUUAUAAAAAUUUCUAUAAAAAGAUUCAUGCCAUGUUAGCUGCUUCUAAGCUCAUAAUGGUCUGAUGAUGUGUUGGAGUCACCAAAAAAGUUUGACUGGUUUCAAAACACUAGAGAUUAUAAGGAGAGAGGAGGGAUAAACACCCACACCAGUAUUUUGUUGAAUAGAUACCCUGUGCCAGAGUCUUAGAGAUGGACAGUGAGUCAAAUAGGCUUGCUUCCUGUGUUGGGGGGUUAUAGUCUGUGGAGAAUGACGGCUAAAAUCCAAACACUUAGUGUUGGAGAUGAGUAUUCAUUAAGACAGAACCCUAUGAGAACGUUCUAAGCAAAGGAAUGCAGCAUCCAGUUGGUUCUAGUGAUUUCUCCAGGGUUUUCCUGGAAAUUCAUUGGUAUCAUCUUCUGGUAUUUCUUCUAAUAGUUCUAUUAAAUUUUCAUUGCAUGUUUGGUUGGCUUGUGUUUGGUAUCAUGUUAGAUGAUGCUGAUGGUAGCUCUUCUUGUUUUGUGGUGUUAGUGGCAAUGUCUAUUGUGUUUUACUUUUAAAUUGGCUAUUUUGACUUAUGUAGAAAAGUAUCUCUAUUUUCAGUUUUUAAAGAGUUUGAGUUAGAAAUGGCUCUGGAAUCUUGUCAAGUAUACCUUUAGUGCACAUGUUAUGGUUUUUCCUGGUUGGUUUGUUGGUGACUUACCUUAAUAGAUUUUCUGACGUUAAACCAUCCUCUGACAUAAAACAUCAUUUUUAAAAAUAAAAAGAUUUACCAAUUUU